ACUUAUUCAAACUGUUCCUGACUUGGACACCUGCUUGGAAAGCUGAGAAUUGAACCAUGGGUUUUUACCAGAGGUCCCUCCCCUGACUGGGUACACAUUUGUCUAGUCCUUGUGUAAACUAUCAACCAAUAAAAAUCCGAGUUGCAGCGAGUUCGGCCGCCCACUAUCGAAUGACAAGUGCGCGAGAAAAGAUGGCUUCAACGAGAUUCUUCAUCAUAGCAGCGAUCUGCAUCCCUUAUGCUGUGGCGUUCGUUAAAAACCAAGCGGAGCGGGAUGAUUUCAACGGUAAAGCGGUGGAGUUCUUCAGCGGGCAAGACAAACUGGCUUCCCAGGUGGAAGUCACACCUUCCCCCGACUGCCUGGAGGGUGACAUGCUGCUGACUCAGGAACAGAAGGAGGUGUACUUGGCCAUGCGAGAAGUCACGGCAGCGAACAGGGAGCGUGUGCGGCGGAAUGCGGCUGCCGCCUUCAGAGUCUGGCCCAACAGAACCUUGGUGUAUCAGUACGAAGCUGGUCUCAGUGAAAUUACAAAACAGGUGUUUCAGGAGGCUGUUGAAGUAUACAGGGAGAAAACUAACAUUCGAUUCCUGGAGGCUGUAGAGGGAAUAUACACAGGCGUCAUUCAGCCAUUGAUUGUCAGACAAAGUGGACAGGGGUGCUUCUCAACAGUUGGUUGUCCGAGCCAAACCUGCGGUGGUCGCCUCAAUCUUCAAGAGGGAAGGUGUGCUUUGCUCGGGGUCGCCCUCCACGAACUCGGGCAUGCCCUGGGCCGCUUCCAUGAACAAAACAGACCUGACAGAGACAACCAUAUCUUGGUGAUAGAGAGCAACAUUCUCCCCGGAUAUGAACACAACUUCAGGGUAGUCAACAUGCCAACGGUGGCGCCCUACGACCUCCAAUCGGUCAUGCAUUACUCUACAGUGGCCUUCUCGCGCAACGGUUAUUUGGAGACGAUUAUUCCAUACAACCCUAGAGACAAAGCCAAGAUGGGCAGGCAGCACAUGUUGUCCCGUCUCGAUACGUACACCUUUAAUGUCGCCUACGACGCCUACGACAUUUGCCCAGCUGACCUAUGGGACCGGUGUAGUCGUGGAGGCGUACCGAACAAACAUUGCACAUGUGACUGUCUGCCAGCUUUUGAGGGCCCAUUCUGUGAAAUUGUCACACAUCCAACAGCUUGCAGCGACUACUCCACGGGACCGUCGGGUACCAUCUACUCACCGGGAUACCCUGAAGAUUAUCCCAGUAACACCGAGUGUACGUACGUUGUCGAGUGUGCCGAUGAAGAGGUCAUAGAACUGAAUUUCCCGAUGUUCUUGGUGGAAGGGAAUAAUUGUUGGUUUGACAAAAUGUCCAUGAUGACGGGAGAUCUGAUAUCGGAGGUCUACAUGGACGAAUACUGCGAUGACAUAUUGCAAGGCAAUCAAAUAGUGACAUCCAGUAAGACGUCUGUCAUGGUCUUUGUGAGCGACGGGUGGCUCAACUUUCCCGGAUUCGAAAUCAACUAUCGCUGCGUUUCGGCGCGAGGGUAAAUCUGACGUUCCAACAGCCCCCGAUAUAUCAUGUCCGCUCGUGCACGAUACAGGUCACAUUUUCAUCACUACAAAACAGCUUCGAACAAUUUCACAGUUAUUCAGCAACAACGUAAGCUACUUGCAAACUUUAUUCAGUAAUCGCAGAUAGCCGGUGCAUAACCAGAGUAAAGUAACGGGCUCUGCGCAUAUACACUAAUUUCAGGAUAGGAGACGGCAUUACUGCGGCAGCAUCAUGCGCGCUCAUUUGGCAGGGUCGAAGAAACAUGUAAGGUGCACCCAGACCACCUGUCCACGAGUGUGGUGCCACAGCAAUGGGUGGCCUCUAAUGCCGCUCGCCAAUUACAACAUACAUGUAGUGUGUUUUGGCUAGUGUUAAUGACAGUUUUGUUGCAGCGGUCAGGUUAUUUCCAGAACAUUUCCUCCAGAAAUUUAUGAAGAAAAAGUCACUUUGUCCCGAAGGACCUCGGAAUUGAUUACAUAAUGAUGCAUGACCACGGACUAUGGACCAGAUUUCGAAGGACUUGAAAAACGUUUUCCUUCAUGACCAGUGAAGACUAUGAAUAAGAAUUAAACAUAUCUGUAGUAAGAGUAGAUGGUAAUUAGGUGAACAGGUGAUUAAUUUUCACUAACGUUUACAGGGGAAACGUGAAAUUUCAAUUGAAAUUUUCAAAUUUCAAUAAGCAUUUCAAAUUGAUUACUUAUGAAUAAUACCAAGUUGCUCCCUUACUGGAGGAAAGAAAUCCCUCUUCCUCAUGUUGCUCACAAAAUAAGAUUUAUCAGAAAUCUUUUAUUUGGAAACUGUAGAACUAAUCCAAACACCUCGGGUGAUCAGUAGCAUAGCCACUGGGGGGCCUUGGGGGCACAUGCCCCCCCCCACAAAUUCCCAGUGUGCCCCCCUGCCCCCACAAAAAAAGGGUUGAAUGGAUACUGAACAGGGCUAACAAAAAGUUGCCCACAAAAAAACCACACCAAUAAGAGCUGUCCCCCCCCCCAUAAGAUGCUGGUGCCCCCUUGUCCUCUCCCACUAGUAAAUUCUAGCUACGCCAUCUGCAUAGAUGAGUUAACAAAGAAUGAAGUAUGAACAUGUUUCGUUAGACCUGAUCAGUUAAACCAAAAAGCAACAGUUCAAAAAAGGAAAAUCGAGUAUAAAAAAAAUCAGUGCCCAGACUUUUUACUUGUGAUUAAAUGACAAAUCUCUUCCCAGUGAAGACUCCAAGACAGGUUAUUUUGUGGAUAACAGUUGAUUAGUACUCAAUGUGAUUCCAUGACAAAAGGGUAACACUUACAUUGUUUCAAAUUAAGAUAAGGAAACUGAAUAAAAGUAGUGAGCAUUAUUGGAUGCUGACGUGGGUGCAUAUCUUUACUUUUUGUGUUGAACACUGAAAACACAAAAGCCUACUACAGGGCUGGAUAAAGUCACAGGUUUCAAUGCCGAUGAUUUUUUCACACAAGUUCCUCUUUCGGCCACAUCAUUUGAGUAUUUUCAUUGGACAUGAAGCCUACUUGGGGCCUGAGCAAGCAGCUGGUUGUAGACACUGGAAAACAUAUUUUGAGAAAAAGUCAUAAAUCUCGAGAUGUGCCUGCGACUAGAUGUUCAAAAGU